AUGUCUGCCCAUCGAAAGGUCUUGGCACGUGAGAACACUAUCAAGAUUGAGAAUGCUCUUCGUCAGCUGAAAAACCGGGACUCGGGGGCUCCUGGUUAUGAUCCUACCACGUAUAUAGACGAUGAGGGCAACAGAUUCAACACCAAUGAACGAAUCAUCAGUGAGGUACCUUCACCGACCAAUGAGAAGCCGUGUGACGCCAAGGUUUUCCCACAGGCCGAUAUUCCCGACUAUAACUAUCUCAAAACGCAUUUUAAGAGGGAAGGAAAGCUUUCCAAGACUCAAGUGAUGCGAAUAAUCGGUUUAGCCACAUCCAUUUUCAAAUCAGAGCCGAAUCUCUUGCACGUGCCGCCUCCUGUAACUGUCUGUGGCGAUAUUCACGGUCAAUAUUACGAUUUGAUGAAGCUAUUUGACAUUUGCGGCAGUCCAAAGGACACUUCGUUCUUAUUUAUGGGUGAUUACGUUGACAGAGGGUCGAAUUCCUUGGAGGUUUUGCUUCUUCUUUAUUCUAUGAAGAUUUCUCAUCCUGGAAUGUUCUUCAUGCUUCGUGGUAACCAUGAAACUCGUCAAAUGACGUCGCAUUUCACUUUCAAGACCGAGUGUCUUUUAAAGUACGAUGACGACGUUUAUGAGGCAGCCUUAGAGUCAUUUUCAGCGUUGCCUAUUGCUGCUAUAAUGAAUAAGCAGUUUCUUUGUGUUCAUGGAGGAUUAUCGAGGGAUUUACACUCUUUGAAGGAUAUAGAGACAAUAGAUCGUUUUCAAGUAGACGUUCCCGCCCAUGGACUCUUCUGUGAUCUAAUGUGGGCCGAUCCGUCCACUGAGUACGAUACAGAGUCUGAUUCUGAUGUGGACGAUGGUUGUAGCGAUUCUAAGCUCUUCCCAGAGAAUUAUGAGCGUGGAUGCUCAUAUAUGUUCACUUAUAUGGCGACCUGUCGAUUUCUCAAGUCCAACAACCUUCUAUGCAUUAUCAGAGCACAUCAGGCACAAGAUGCAGGCUACAGAAUGUAUAAAAAGAUGAUUCCACAGCAGUUUCCGUCUGUUAUUACACUCUUUUCUGCACCAAACUACUGUGGAACGUAUGGAAACAAGGCUGCCGUACUCAAAUAUGACACUUCUGUGAUGAAUAUACGGCAGUUUGGAUCUCAGCCUGCUCCAUAUCAUCUUCCUGACUUUAUGAACGUAUUCACAUGGUCAAUUCCAUUUGUAGCUGAAAGAGUGUUUGAUAUAUUGUACUCCGUUCUCAAUAUAUGUACAGAAGAAGAGUUGGAGAAGGGUACACCACUUUCUAAAGAGUUGACAAGGUCAAUCGAUGAUGUGAAACAGGGGAAAAGAGAGGCUGCUUUCUCCAGUUCUAAGACUAUGGACAAGACCGCUCUUAGAAACAAGAUCUUGGCCAUUGGUAGAGUUUCAAGGAUGUUUAAUAUACUUCGAGAAGAGGCAGAGAAAGUCGAGAGAUUACGGAGUUUAUCUGGGGGUUCUCAGCUUCCAAAGGGUGUUUUGCUCGGAGGAUCUGGAGAACUUGAUGAUAAGUUAAGUACAUUUGAAGAAGCACGACUAGCUGAUCUCUCUAAUGAAGCUAUGCCUCCUAGUGAUGAGGAGCAGGAGAAGGAGGCUAAGGAGAGGUAUGAUGAGCUAUUGAGGAGGUCUAGUGACGUUUGA